CUCCUGUCUUCGGCUAACUUGUGUGUAGCCGCAGUGUUGUGUUGGUUGUGUUGUUGCUGUGGCUCUGUAGAUCUGUCAUAUCUGCUAGCUAACGCAACAGCCUCUGUGUGUUGUCAUGUCAGGAUCAGGAUCAGGAUCAGGCUGCCCCCUCACUGCACAGGGCUGUUAACCUCUUCACUUCUUCACACGUCCACUUCAGGGUCCGAGGACAGAAGUCUGUGCGGAGAGCAAGAAGAGGAGAUGAAAUGACAACGUCAACAUUACAGAAAGCGAUUGAUCUUGUGACCAAAGCCACAGAGGAAGACAAGGCCAAGAACUAUGAAGAGGCCUUGCGACUGUACCAGCAUGCGGUGGAAUAUUUCCUACAUGCCAUCAAAUAUGAGGCUCAUAGCGACAAGGCCAAGGAGAGUAUACGAGCAAAGUGCAUGCAGUACCUGGACCGAGCUGAGAAACUGAAGGACUAUCUGAAGAACAAAGACAAACAGGGCAAGAAGCCUGUGAAGGAGGCCCAGAGCAAUGACAAGAGUGAUAGUGACAGCGAAGGUGAAAAUCCAGAGAAGAAGAAACUGCAGGAGCAACUUAUGGGUGCCAUCGUGAUGGAGAAGCCCAACGUCAGGUGGAACGAUGUGGCUGGACUGGAGGGAGCAAAGGAAGCUCUGAAGGAGGCCGUCAUCCUGCCCAUCAAAUUCCCUCACCUCUUCACCGGUAAGAGAACUCCCUGGAGAGGCAUCCUGCUGUUUGGUCCUCCAGGAACGGGGAAGUCUUAUCUGGCCAAAGCCGUGGCCACCGAGGCCAACAACUCCACCUUCUUCUCCGUGUCCUCCUCAGACCUCAUGUCCAAGUGGCUGGGAGAGAGUGAAAAGCUGGUGAAGAACUUGUUCGACUUGGCUCGCCAACACAAACCCUCAAUCAUCUUCAUCGAUGAGGUGGACUCGCUGUGCGGCUCCAGGAAUGAGAAUGAAAGUGAAGCCGCCCGCCGAAUCAAGACAGAGUUCCUGGUCCAGAUGCAGGGUGUGGGAAACAACAACGAUGGGAUCUUAGUGUUGGGAGCCACCAACAUCCCCUGGGUGCUCGACGCUGCCAUCAGAAGACGAUUUGAGAAGCGUAUCUACAUCCCUCUGCCAGAGGAGCCAGCUCGGGCUCAGAUGUUCCGUCUCCACCUCGGAAACACUCCCCACAGCCUGAGCGAGGCCGACCUGCGGCAGCUUGCCCACAAAACAGAUGGUUACUCCGGUGCAGACAUCAGCAUUAUCGUCCGGGACGCUCUCAUGCAGCCUGUCAGGAAGGUCCAGUCUGCCACGCACUUCAAAAAGGUCCGUGGCCCGUCUCGGAGCAACAACCAGCUGAUGGUGGACGACCUCCUGACUCCCUGUUCCCCCGGUGAUCCUGCAGCUCAGGAGUUGACCUGGAUGGAUGUGCCUAGUGAUAAGCUACUGGAGCCCAUAGUCUGCAUGUCGGACAUGCUGCGCUCUCUGUCCACCACCCGUCCCACAGUCAACACUGAAGACCUGCUCAAGGUCAAGAAGUUCACAGAGGACUUUGGGAUGGAGGGCUGAGAGACAGAGCCCUCUCUUACCUGGAUCAAACUACUCUCCACAAGCUGCCCUCCCAUACCCAUCUAACUGCUGUAUCAUCCUGUACGCUUUCUCUCAGCCCAGCGCUUGGUUCACUUCCUCUCAGGGAUGGAAAGAGGAGAGGAGUCCUCCCUCUUUGACCCAGGUCAGUAUGGUUUAAGUCCUCUGGGGAAGUUGACUGAUUGCUAAACCUUGGUGUGAUUUGGUAUUAGGACAACAAAGCCCACUACACUACAAGAACUUUUCAUCUAACCUGCAUCACGGCGAGGAAACGUGAAGUCCUCCCCCCUCUGAGCCCCCUCCGUCUGACUGAAAGACUGUACAUUUUGUUGCCAUUGUGCACUUUGCUUUGGAUCACCAUGAAGGACAGUGACGAAGAAGAAGAAGAAGAAGAAGAUAGUUCUCCUGCCUGGCAUGCGAGUGUGAAUGCAUCUAAGUGUUUUUAUUAAACUCGUGUGUCUUAUUGUUUGUGUCUGUGAGUUGAGCGCCCCGUUAUUUUGUUAUUUGACGAAGGGUUAAAUUAACGAAUCAUCUCUGCCUCAGUGUCCCCAUACCACUCUAUGUGUGUGUGUGUGUGUGUGUGAGCGACACACUCAUGUUUUACAUUUACGAUACAAGAGAUGUGCUUGAUUGAGCCGAACGUCACAUCACUCUGAACACCUCGCAGUACUUUGAAGAGGUGUUCUGGAGCUUUGGUCACAAUACGAGAUGAUUUCUCGACUUGUUGUUAUAUUGUAAAUGUUUCUGUUCUCUGUCAGGGCUUCUGAUCCACAUCUGCUUCAAAGCUGAGGUCUCAAGGUCAACAGCAGCUGAUCCUUUAGAGAGUUGUUGUGGAGCUUUUGCUCAGAUGACAUGACGUUCAGAACCACAGCUUUCAGGCCUGCAUGGAUGAAAAGUCCACAAGACGUUUAGAAAGGAUGAAAGACGUCUUUAAUUCUGAUUUCAUCACUUGGAAAGUUCCAACAAACAACCAGCAGAGUUUAUUUGACUUUGUAUUUUAUGAUUCUGUCAAAAACAGGAAGCUGGACUGGGAUUUGUCACAUUUUUUAAGUGCUCAGUACCAUUAAUGUGAGAAAAUUCAAACACUCAAACCCUGAGCAUCAGACAAGAAUUCCCUUUAUUUGUCAUUGUUUAGAAAAUGAUGAGACAAAAUAGAAGUUUAAAAAAGUUUUAAAGUAUUUUUGUUUCAUGUGAACUUUAAGCAGCUGAUGAAGGUCGAGUGAAGUGACAGAAAGAUGAAGGGGUUAGAUUUUUUUAACCGCUCUUUCAAAAUCCAGAAAUGAAUCUUAAACUUUAAUUCAACCAAGCUAAAACUGGUUCCUGCACUACAUUUCCCAGAAUCCCCCCUGUCUGCGUCUGAGCUGUAAUGUGUUGUUUUGAAUCUGUCUUCUUGUAGCAUUUCUCGUGUUAAUGAGAUUCAAUGAAGCACAUCUCUUUGCUCGACAGUGUCCUGCACAUUAUUUAUACAGCAUGUCUGACGACGUGUGUCGACUGUACUAGAGACUCAGUAUGUUUACACUUGAAGUAUUUCUUUUGUUGUUGUUUUCUGAUAGAGCUCCAGUGAUAGACCGUCCUUUGUUUUGUCAUUUUGGAGGCUAAUAUAAACGCCACGUUCCCUCCUGAGGCAGACUCUACAUAAUGUUCCAUCACUGUGUUCAGGGCUGGCUGUCAUUCUCAAACCGGGUCCCUCAGUGGAUCAAACUGCUAUUGGAUGUUUUUGUGUACCACCAGUCUGACCUCUCACUGUCUCAUCAGGCCCGUCUGUGUGUGAGGGCGCUCUAUGUUAGCUCAGAGUGCCGUCACUGCUCAGUGUUUGUGGAGGUACGUACUGGUUCAGUGGGAGGUCGGCUUAGCGUCCCUUUUAGGGGGCUUAACCUGCUGCUGGCCCUGUAACCAUAACUACUAAUUUAUCCUGCAUUAAUAAAAACUGACAUUUCAAAUGAAAGAAACACAA